AUGUUCCGCUCUGUGUCUCACUGUGUUUCCUUCUGCAGUAUAUAUAGUAGUGACGAUGACGAAGAAGAUAUUGAGAUGUAUGAUCACGAUUAUGAUGGUCUGCUUCCUAAGACUGGAAAACGUCACUUAGGAAAAACCAGGUGGACCCGUGAAGAGGAUGAGAAACUGAAGAAACUUGUGGAGCAGAAUGGCACAGAAGACUGGAAAGUCAUCGCCAGUUUCCUUCCUAAUCGGACGGAUGUUCAGUGCCAGCACCGAUGGCAGAAGGUACUAAACCCAGAACUUAUCAAAGGUCCGUGGACUAAAGAGGAGGAUCAAAGGGUAAUAGAACUCGUGCAGAAAUACGGUCCAAAGCGCUGGUCUGUCAUUGCUAAGCAUUUGAAGGGAAGGAUUGGAAAACAGUGCAGGGAGAGGUGGCACAACCAUUUGAAUCCAGAAGUGAAGAAAACCUCCUGGACAGAAGAGGAAGAUAGAAUUAUUUACCAGGCACACAAGAGGCUGGGAAACAGAUGGGCAGAAAUUGCAAAGUUGCUGCCUGGACGAACUGAUAACGCUAUCAAGAACCACUGGAAUUCCACCAUGCGCCGCAAGGUUGAGCAGGAGGGCUACCUGCAGGAGUCCUCCAAAGCCUGUCACUCCUCAGCAGCUGCCGGCUUUCAGAAGAGCAACCACUUGAUGGGCUUUGCCCACAACCCACCUUCUGCACAGCUGCCAGCCGCCGGCCAGCCCCCACUGAGCGGUGACUACCCCUACUACCACAUCGCCGAGCCAGAAAAUGUCCCUGGUCAGAUCCCAUAUCCAGUAGCACUGCAUGUAAAUAUUGUCAAUGUUCCUCAGCCAGCUGCUGCAGCUAUUCAGAGACACUAUAAUGAUGAAGACCCUGAGAAAGAAAAGCGAAUAAAGGAAUUAGAGUUGCUACUAAUGUCGACUGAGAAUGAACUGAAAGGGCAGCAGGCAUUACCAACACAGAACCACACAUCAAACUACGCUGGCUGGCACAGCACCAUGAUUGCUGACAGUCCCAGGACCAGUGGUGAUGAUGCGCCUGUUUCCUGUUUGGGGGAACAUCACCACUGUACUCCAUCUCCACCAGUGGAUCAUGGUUGCUUACCUGAGGAAAGUGCAUCCCCUGCGAGGUGCAUGAUUGUUCACCAGAGCAACAUCCUGGAUAAUGUUAAGAAUCUCUUAGAAUUUGCAGAAACACUCCAGUUAAUAGACUCCGUAAAAAACACUUCAUCCAACCACGAAAACCUGAACCCGGACAACCCUGCACUAACUUCCACCCCAGUGUGUGGCCAUAAGAUGGCUGUUGCCACGCCGUUCCACAGGGACCAGACUUUCAAAGCUCAGAAGGAAAAUCAUGCUUUCAGAACUCCAGCAAUCAAGAGGUCGAUAUUAGAGAGCUCUCCAAGAACACCCACUCCAUUCAAAAACGCACUUGCAGCUCAGGAAAUCAAAUAUGGUCCUUUGAAGAUGCUGCCUCAAACUCCGACUCAUCUUGUAGAAGAUCUGCAGGACGUUAUCAAGCAGGAGUCCGAGGAAUCUGCAAUAGUUUCUGGGCUACAUGAAAGUGGACCCCCUUUGCUGAAGAAAAUCAAACAAGAGGUGGAAUCUCCAACAGAUAAAACUGGAAAUUUUUUUUGCUCGAAUCACUGGGAAGGAGAAAACCUGAACACUCAGCUCUUUACACAUGUGUCUGCUAUGGAAGAUGUGCCAAAUCUUCUUACCAGCUCCAUUUUGAAGAUGCCCGUGUCUGAAGAUCAUGGUAGCUUUCACAAAACAUUUGCAGUACCUAGGAACAGGCCACUGGGUAGUCCUCUGCAGCAUCUGAACAACGCCUGGGAGUCAGUGUCCUGCGGGAAGAUCGAGGAUCAGAUGGCCCUGACGGAUCAGGCACGCAAGUACAUGGCCGCCUUCCCCACCCGGACUCUGGUGAUGUGA